AUGUUGAAAGAAAGGUCUCCUCAACAAGGACUGGACGCAACUGAUGAGGUAAUGACGUCCUCGAUAGAGAAAGAUGCUCAUGAUGCAUAUGAAUCGAUUCCUUUGGAACAUUUCCUUUCAAAUGAUUUAAAAGAAAAUGAUGAAGGUGUAUACGUGGAAUAUCCAGAUAAUGUCUAUGACAAUCCGGAAAAAUCUGGGUCUCAAUGGCAGGUUUGUGUCCUGGAUGUAUCUUUACCUAGACAGGCACAUUUUCAUGUACGGGCCCUCAAUGUCAUGAUGUGUCCUGUACCCGGACACGUCUGUGUCCUGUACCCGGACACGUCUGUGUCCUGUACCCGGACACGUCUGUGUCCUGUACCCGGACACGUCUGUGUCCUGGAUGUGUCUGUACCAGGAGGACAGAUAUGUGGUGCUAGUCAUGCCAGGAGAAAACGACAACUGGUUAUCUGUACGGAUUGUUGCUCCGAUGCCCCGGACAUUUAUGGUCCAUGUAAUUCAAAACUGUGUGGUCUUACUCCUACAACUGAGAACUAUGAAUGUCUUGUUUGUGCCGGAGUACUUAGUGACGUAAAUUCUUGUUCUACAACUUCCGUCUGUCCUCCGAGAGAGGCUUGUUUUUCUGGAAUCCGUAUAGUGGGCACGGCUAUUCGUUAUGUUGUUGGCUGUUAUGACGAACGUGUUUGUCAUGCUAUAGUAGAAAAUGAUGGCAGAAACGGAACUCAUGGAAGACGCGGUAGAGUUAUUCACGGUGAUCAAGGUACACGUAUUUGUGACGCCUGUUGUAAAGGAGACAGAUGUAACGCUGCAGGCUGUUUUGAACUUAGGAAAAAUAUGACAGCUGCCGAAUAUAGCAAUAGCUUGGGCCCUGCUUUUGGUUGAUCCUGGUUAUCAAUGUUUG